AUGCAAACAGAAAAUGGGGAAGACAAUGGGGAGAGACACAAAGUGAAAAGUAGUCAACAGCGGUUUCUUGUUAUUUGUGAACUGGUUGAAACUGAACAAAAGUACAUAGAGCAGCUUCAGUUUAUCUCACAGAACUUUCAAGGCCCACUUCAGCGCAGUGGCCUUAUGCCAGUUGAGGAAAUUGACACAAUUUUUAAGCAUUUAAACUUUAUCUACACUGUAAAUUCGGCUUUGUAUACUGAGCUAAACAGUCAAGUCAAAGCAGAAGAAGAUCACAGUGAAAAUUGCAUUGGCGCCCUACUAAAAAACCAUCUUAAAUUAAUGCUGCCAGCGUAUCGAGAUUACUGCUCAAGCAAUAUGGUAUCGCUUUUAACUAAAAUUGAUGGAAAUCAAGAGUUUGGCGCCGAACUUGAAGAAAUUGCCGCUCAGCAAAAGUCUUAUCAAACCUUCAAAAUGGGAGCUCUUCGACCAAUGCAGCGAAUAACAAAGUACCCUUUGCUAAUUGACAAAAUUCUCGAGUUUACACCGGCUGAGCAUUCAGAUCAAGGGGACUGCAAAGAAGCACUUGAGUGCUCAAAAGCUCUUUGCGAAGAGAUUAACAAAAUUUUCGAUCAAGCUUGCGUAGAGUAUGAGCCGUUUAAAAAAUUAUUCUGGCUACAGAAACACGUUACUCUGCCACAUAAACAAAUCGAUCAAACAAUUGACUUCAAUUCAGAGACACGUUUUCUCGGUCCCCGCACGCUACUACAUUCUGGAAUUUUGUUCAGCAACUCAAAAAUGCUAUUUGCUUUUCUUUUUAAUGAUUUCUUUCUAUUAGCUACUGCAAAAAAAGAAAGUUGUUUUCCGGGAAUGAAACGAGAUCAAAUUCCUGAAACAAUCAAUUUAUUUGAUCAUGCACAAACACGAAAUUCUAGAUGCACCCUCUACAAAAAACCAUUCGUUUUUGAUGACCUAAAUAUUAUUGAGCUGGAUGAAAUGGAGGCCGCCAAUAGUCCAAAUUCUUUCAAAAUUGAAGUAACUUCGCUGAAACGGCAAAUCUUAUUACGCGCUAAUUCGUACAGCAAAUGGGUUGGAUGGCUCGAACAGCUUAGCAAAGCAAAAGAAGACUACAACAAAGCUAAAUGCACUUUUGAACGAGUUGCCGAGUUUCACCCAAAAGUACCAGAGCAGCCACCAGUUGCUCAGCUAAGCCUCAUUAACUUGGAAGCAUUUCAGUUGUACACACGAAAUUACGCUAUGAAUGCCUACUGUAAAGUAGCUAUUGGCAAGGACUGGUCAUCUGCUCAUCAACAGUUGACCACUAAAACUUUCAGGCGAGUUAUGGAUUUUAGAAAAAUAAACACUCCGGCAAGUCGAAACAAGUCCAUUUUAUCGAGUAUUUCUAAAUUAGCCAGCGGCUGGACUCAAGCUGGUGACUUUACGGAUUUAAACAAUCCACAUCGGAUUUUCUGGGAAACUGAUGCUCUAAUUGACAUAGUAGACAAUGAAGACAUGCUUUUUAUUCGCUGUUAUGACGACAGUCCUUUUGCACCUCAUCAAUUUCUUGGAGAAGCAAGCAUCUCAAUUGGAAGCUUCAUCGAAGAGCGAAAAAUGAGUAGUGGUGUGAUUACAAAAGGAGUUGAGCUGCACCUACCUCUGGAUUUACCUAGUGCCUAUUUUCUGAAAAAACUAAACAUAAAGCCUUGUUUGUUAGUUAAAUUUGAGGUAAAAACCGUGAAUCCAAUUGUCAGUGACGAGGAAACAGACGAAGACAAAGAAACAGAAAAGGGCAUAGAAAUUGAAGUAACCAAAGAAACAGAAAAAAUUGAAGAAGCUGACGAAUCUUAA